AUGGACAGACUAGUUAAAGCAGAAGUAAAAGAAGUAAACCUCACUUUCACCAGAGGCCAAAAGUCCACUGCCACUUUCAGGCUAACCAACCUCAUGCACACCAUGUUUGUAGCUGUUUCUCUCUCCACCACAAACCCAUCUUCUUUCUCCUUCCCCAACCCUUUCUCUAUCCUCCCACCUCUGUCUACCUCCUCCUUCACUCUCCACCUCUCUUCUGAUCACCCACCUCUCUCUUCUCUUCCUGACACCAUCCUUGUCCGAUCAUCCAUGCUCCCCACCGGCAAAGCCCAUCAGGACGAUCUUCCGCCGUCUUCUCUUGAAGUUUCUUUUCUCUUGUCUAAAGCGAUUCCUGGGUGUGAUGAGUCUGAGAUUAUGAAUUUGCUCAGAUCUGCUACUGGGUUUGGAAAUUCUUACUUUGUAUCGGCUUUGAUCGAUGCCGGAGCUGAUAUUAAUCAUAGGGAUUCGAACGGGCAGUCUGUGGUGUCACUGGCUGUUCAAUCAGGGAAUAUUGAUUCGGUUCAGGUUCUGAUUGAAUCUGGGUUUGUAAUUGACCAUUCGAUUGAUCGGUUUUUACACGAUGCUGCAGCGAUUAAUCGAGCAGAUUUAAUGAAGUUAUUGUUUCUGGGUUUUGGACAUAUCGAUGUGAAUUCAAUUGAUUCGCAGGGGCGAACUGCUCUUCACGUUGCGGCAAUUCAUGGGCAUGUUGAGGUUCUUCGAUUUCUUGUUUCCAUGGGGGGUAAUCCUGAUGCUGUGGCCUAUAAUCGUUGGACUCUGCUUUAUUGUGCUGCCUCCGAAGGGCACCAUGAGGCGGUUGAGUUUUUGCUGAAUUGUUCGAUGUUUGUCAAAUACGCUGUGAAUGAAGAUGGAAAGACGGCGUUUGCUUUGGCAGUCGAAAGGAGAGCUGCGAGGAUUGAUGAUGUUCAUGCGAUGAAGAGUUGCAUUGCGGAAGGAGUGAAUGUGAACGGGAAGGAUCAGAAUGGUUGGACUGCUUUACAUAGAGCUGCAUUUAAAGGCAGAAUUGAGAGUGUUAAGACCUUGGUUAGUAAUGGAGCUCAGAUUGAUCUUCUUGAUGAUGGUGGAUACACACCGCUUCGUCGUGCGGUGGAGGGAGGGCAUAUGCAGGUUGCAAUAUAUCUGAUGGCUCAUGGUGCUAAAGCAUAUGUUGUGAAGAGUAAUGGUAGUCUCAAAGGCUUUGAGAUCGUUCCUUUUAAUUUGGAUUGUUUCAAGAACCAUCCUUCUCUUGUAACUACUCCCCUAUGUUGA